CCGCAUAGCGAGGGCUUCGGGGUCGAUCCCGCGACACUCAUCGGCCGUACGCUCGUCCGCGUUCGCCGCUCGCGCGCCCACCCGUGUACCACUCUCCACUUCUCCGACGGCUCUGCGUUCCAAGUUCGCGUCGUUGGCUACGACCCGCACUACGGCGGAGUGCCCAAGGUCCUCGAGUCCGACUCGCCGGUGCUGAACCCUCGCGCCGCGUCUGGAUCGACGGACGUCCGCCUCGUCGUCUCGCAUGCCGCCGCGGUCACGCUCUCCGACAAAGCUUUCCAGUCAACCGAGCGCGGGGACGAUCAGGGCAAAGGCGGGGGGCUCGGCACGGACGCCCGUGAGGACCGGUGGACGCAGCGCCAUGCUGCGUUUGCCCUCAAGUUCGAAGAGGAGAGGGGCUGGCAUUGCGUAUGGGCGACGAUGGCCGAGUACGACGAGAAGGAUUCGGAGCGGUGCGUCUUCCGGAACUAUGCCGAUGUCUACCUCGACGCUCUC